CUCCUGCAAUUUGUCCCGCUCGACAUUCGCGUCGGUCGGCCUGAGUCUCCUGUCGUGGGCAUGCACUUGCUGUUGACAGGCAAUGGAACAACCGCUGGCUCUCGUGACUGACACAGGAGCUAUGGCUUGGCCGCCAGAAAAGACGAUGCGCUCUGGCGAUGCGGCCUGGGACGCCGUGGUCCUCCCAUCACCGUCGCCGACAGAGUCCACAUGGCGAAGAGGCUCCAUGCCAAUCCCGAUCCAGACUGGACAGAUAUCGCCAGUGAGCUCCGCUAUGGAGACCACACUUGACGGGUCGUCCGUGCCGACGACGGUUGCCUCAGCGUCUUCGUCUUGCACCGACUCGUGGAGCAUCGGCUUCGGCGACCGCGAUGACGGUGACGAUGACGCGCAAUGGGACCAUUGGGAAUGCGGCUCCGAGGACGCCCUGGCCGUUCCCAAGCUUGAGCCCCUCGACGACGACAUCAACCUCGAUGACCUCAAGGCCGCCCCACAUGUGCCUGGCUUGCAGACCGGCGAUGCUCAGGUCAAACAGAAGCGGCCUCGCGGACGACCAAGGAAACACCCGCUCACCCCCACUAUGAGCGCGAGCAAGAUCACAAAGGGACGAUCCAAGACUGGAUGCAUCACUUGUAGGAAGAGAAAGAAGAAAUGCGACGAGGCCAAGCCACGAUGUAUGAAUUGCGAGAAGAAUGCCGUUGUCUGCGAGGGGUAUCACGAGAAACAGCUAUGGAAGAGUGGCAGAGAGAGGGCUGAAGAAGAACGCCUCAGACGAGACUCUAUACCCACCAUUACCAUGCAACCCAUCUUUCUUGGCGUCGAGACCGUAGAGGACAAGAUAUUCUGGAAGCACUACAUCAACCACUUCAGCAACGUCCUCACCGUCGAGGGCGAGGCCAAGAACGCCUUCAAGGACAUCAUCCUGCAGCUCGCGAACCAGCACCAGGGCCUAAUGCACUCCAUACUCGCGCUGAGCAGCAAGCACAUUGACUUUGACUCUCCCUACGGGAACAAGAUCUUGCAGGAGAGCGCCACGGCCAGCCGCGAGUCGAUCCAUCAACGGGCCGAAUACCACCAUGGCGAGGCACUAAAACGCUUCUACGACGACAUGAACCACCCAACCAGCAAGGACGAUCCGGAUCACGAGACCAUUCUGGCUGCGCAGUAUGGUCAAAUCCUGUGCCUCCUCCUGCGGACUCGCGCAGAGGGCAACCCCAGGGGCGAGCACCGGUUCCAUCUGCAGGCCUACCAGAAGCUCAUGCAACAGUGUCCACCAGAGGAUACGACUUUCUAUACGUUUAUCACAGAGUUCUUCCAGUACCACGUGUACGCUGACGAUCUGCUCUGGCACCCGGAGACGAUGGCCGAUCGCCUAAGCUCGCCAGACUGGGAGCCCCUGACACCCAUCGCACCCCCUCGACUGUUGGGCGUCGCCGACGGGCUAUUCGGGUACUUGUCGCAGAUCACAAGCAUCCGAAAUGCCAUUCGCGUAAACAUGGCAGCGGCCGUGGACCCGGUCGUUGACUACAUCACGUUGUUCAAGGCCGUCGACAUCGAUGCCGCCAUACGAGAAUGGUCUCCGCAAUGGGCGCCUGGGGACAGCCGCGACCGCGUGGCGCCCCUUUACAAGCAGAUGAUGUGGGUUUACUUGUUCCGGUCCAUCUAUCCGCCAUCCGCGGCUCUGUCGCGACGUACAGCUUUGGGUUCGCUUCCGGCAGUGCCGGCCUCUCCCGUUGCGCCGACACGACGCGCGUCAAUGGCCGCGGCGGUGCGGUGCGAAACGCCGUCUGGCUUCCACCCUGCUCCCACCCGGAGUUGUAUGUCGUCACGAAACCCGUCGCGUACGAACUCGAUGCAUGAGCUGGAUUCCCAGCCCGAGGGUGACGUCGUCCCCGAAGACAACCAAAGGCCCCCCUCUCCACCGCCGACACGGCGCCCUGUGCACGACGAUAGACGUAUCACGCUGGCCGUGGACGAGUCCCUCUCGAUUCUCGAGUCCUUCAAGCCGUCAGACCCCGCACAGACGCUUCUCUUGAUACCUUGCCUAAUCAUCGGCACGGCUUGCUUCGAUCCCUCUCAGCGCGAGCGCAUCCGGACCGCCAUCAGGGUCGUCCGUGGAUAUACAGGCCUCCGAAACUGCGACCGCGUCAGGGAGUUGCUGGAGGGAGUUUGGACACACAUGGACAAGGGCGAUUGGGUCGCGGUUUGGGACUGGCAGGGCGUCGCCAGAAACAUGGGGCUCGACUUUAUCUGCUCCUAACGACGUACGACAUGCAUUUCACGCGCGCACACUGUUGGAUAGGAUGGUGUUUGACGCUGCUGCUGCAACAGUGCAACAACGGCCUUUGGCCACCGCCGAGUGGCACCGGAUACCCUGCUUCGGCCGUGCUUGCCAGGCCACAUCACAUCAGCAAGGUCACCGUGCGGUCAGAACAGUCGGUUUGCUAUCCUAGAGGACGCGAGGGCCGCCACGCGAUACGGUUUAGCCCAGUCUCUAGAGAUGAAGUCGUACUGACUGUUUAAGAAGGCUGUGGGACAAUUGCACAAUACACAGCGUGAGCAUCGCCCGGAGGAGAAGCCUGUGGCAGACUCCCACAAGAUGACCCAACCUGCGACUAUCUGGACAGCAGGGCCGUCGAUGAUGACAUGGCAGGUGUGGCAUAUGGCUGGCUUUGUGUCAUCAAGGACGAUUGGCCCGCUUGACCGGCAUUAUGGCCGUCUUUGACAAGUCACUCGUGCACCAGCAAAGGGGAGGGCGGCUUUAUAAAGGUAGCUGCAGCUUACCACUCGGUUGCGGUUUCGACUUGCGCGUGAGGCUGGUUUAGCAGAGCGAUGACGGGCUCUGGAGGCGCCAGUUCAGUAUGACCACGCGAUCUCUUUGGUUUGGCUGGCUCAUACGCGAUUGCCCUUGCUCGUUUCUGCAUGAGAUUCGUGUAAGCCAUGACCCCAAUGGCAUGUAUCGAUGCAGCGGCGAGUUCGCCUCGAGUCGCUAGAAUCGAGCACGUGCUGUGCCAUCCGUGCCCUCUUCUUCGCCCUCGUGCUUGUCGUCGUCUUCUGAGCAGGACUCCCCAUUCUCGUCACGCCCGUGGCCCCUCCCCUCGUCCGUUUCCUCGUCCCCGUAUCCGUCCCCGUCAUUAUCAUCGUCACCUUGGCCGUCAUCUUGCGCCGC